AUGGCUCAGCAGAGGCAAUCGGGAACGGAGAGGCUUGGGGUGAGGUUAGGGUCUCACGAUCUACACAUUACCAAUGGCUCCGGUGAUCAUGUUGCCGUUGGGAUUCGCGGCGGUGUUAGUCAUAAGCAGCUACGGUUUCGGAGAUCGGCGCGAUCAGACAGAGUUGCUCAUUUCUCGGUGUUUGCGAUUUUAAUUUUCCUCUUUGUCGUACUUGUUGUAACUUUCCUGGCGUUUUCUUACAUUUCUAAAGAAGAAAUAAGUAACAAUGGUGGUGGUGAUACUGAUGAUAUAAAAGGUGAUUCUGAUUUUCUUACAAAUGUACCAAGGAUACAGAAGAAAGUUCUUGAUUUUGGGCAUAGUUCUGGGGGACAUGGCCGAGAUUCGAGAUAUUGGGAUAAGGAUGAUAGGAGAAGGGAUGGUGAUUAUGAUGAGGAUAUGAAGGAGCAGAUAAGUAGGGAUCUCGGAGAUGUAAUUACCGAAGAUGAUGCUCCUGGAAAGACGAAUCACGAUAUCAAGUUUCCUCAAGAUGGUUCUCAUAUGGGUGUAAAGCGGAAAGGUGAUGGCUUGUAUAAUGAAGCGGGACGUCAUGAAUUGAAAAGAUAUGAAGCAGAAUACGAGGCUUCUUUGAAGAAUGCGAGACACUCCACUGAAGGUGAUGGGAAAUUGUCGCAAAACGUUGACAUGAAAAAGAAGAAUACGGUAGUUGACAUUGAUGAUGACUAUGAUGACUUUUUCGAUUCUGAUACACCAAGUUUGGACACUGAAGUUCAGAAAGAAUCUCAUGAUUCUUUGGAUGUGGGAGAUAAUGGUGAUAUUGCUUCUGAGGAGGAUAAUGACGGGGAAUCUUCCAAUAACAAAACAAACUCUCGUGGUGGAAAAACGAAUUCUAGACCUGCAGGUAUUAUAAAUGAAAAAACUAACAGAAAAUCACGUCCUGAAACAAAGAGGAAAGGCAAGCAUCGCAAAUACUCAGGUUCCUGUGAGAUGAAGUUGUUAAACUCAACUUCACUACUUGUAGAACCGCUAGAAAGUCGAAAAUUUGCAAGGUUUAGCUUACAAUAUGUAGAGAAAGAAGAGAAGCCACUGGAAGUAGAACAAUGGAAGCCAAAAUUUGCUGGGCAUCAGAGCUUAGAAGAAAGAGAAAAUUCAUUUUUGGCACGUGAUCAAAACAUAAAAUGUGGUUUUGUUAAAGGUCCUGAAGGUUCACCCAGCACUGGAUUUGACAUGUCAGAAGAUGAUGAAAGUUACAUUAGCAGAUGCCACAUUGCUGUGAUUUCAUGCAUAUUUGGAAAUUCUGACCGCUUGAGGAUCCCGGCCACCAAGACGAUCACUCGAUUGUCAAGGAAGAAUGUCUGCUUUGUUAUGUUUACCGACGAAGUUACAGUAAGGACACUUUCUUCUGAAGGCCAUGCUCCUGAUAGAAUGGGUUUCAUUGGCUUUUGGAAGUUAGUGGUUGUGAAGAACCUACCUUAUGAUGAUAUGCGGCGAGUGGGCAAAAUACCGAAGUUAUUGGCCCAUCGACUUUUUCCAUUUGCAAGGUAUUCAAUUUGGCUGGAUAGCAAAUUAAGGCUGCAGCUUGAUCCUUUACUCAUCUUGGAGUACUUCUUGUGGCGAAAGGGUUAUGAAUUUGCAAUAUCCAAUCACUAUGAUCGGCAUUGUGUAUGGGAAGAGGUAGCACAAAACAAGAAAUUGAACAAGUAUAAUCAUACAGUUAUAGAUCAACAAUUUGCUUUUUACCGCGCUGACGGACUGCAAAGAUUCAAUGCAUCAGAUCCAAAAAAGCUUCUUCCAAGCAAUGUUCCAGAAGGUUCUUUUAUUAUUAGGGCUCACACCCCUAUGUCAAAUUUGUUCAACUGUCUUUGGUUCAAUGAAGUUGAGCGAUUUACUCCUCGUGAUCAGCUAAGUUUUGCAUAUACUUAUCAGAAGCUGAGAAGGAUGAAUCCUGAUAAACCUUUUCAUCUUAAUAUGUUCAAGGACUGUGAAAGGAGACACAUGGCCAAGUUAUUCCAUCAUAGGAUGGACGAGAAGAGGAUUACACAUCUAAAAGCAACUGAAUAA